CGGCUGGCGUGACCCGCGCAUGCGCACUGUCUCACUUCCUUGAUUCAAACCUACGAGUUGGUCUCGCUGCUGAACUUCUGUCAUUCAGCCGGUCCAGCUAAAACAUCAACAUCAGCCACAGAGACGAUGGAUGUCGACUCCCAGCCAAAGGGCGCUUCGUUGUCCAUUGGAAUAUUGAUAGCGGUGGUGUCGAGUUUAAUCAACGGGUCCACGUUUGUGCUCCACAAAAAGGGAAUAUUGCGCUCCCGCGAGAGAGGCUGCUCCUACUAUUUGGAUGUGGUGUGGUGGACUGGCACAUUGUUCAUGAUUGUUGGUCAGAUUGGGAAUUUCCUGGCGUACAAUGCAGCCCCUGCUGUGAUAGUGACACCUCUUGGAGCCCUGGGAGUGUUAUUUGGGGCUGUGCUGGCUUCCUUGGUCUUGAAGGACCAUUUAAAUAUCCUGGGAAAGCUUGGCUGUGUGCUGUGCUGCUGCGGCUCUGUUGUUGUGGUGAUUAUCCACGCCCCUAAAGCAGUGACUGUGACAUCCAGACUGGAGUUAGAGGAGAGACUCUCAGACCCAGUGUUUGUAAUUUACGCCCUCUUGGUGGUCUUGCUUCUGGCCAGACUCAUUGUGUGGGCGGCCCCAGCUCACGGUAAAUCCAACAUCAUGGUGUACGUCGCCAUAUGUUCCCUCUUGGGAAGCUUCACGGUGCCAAGCAGCAAAGGGAUCGGGCUUGUUGCAAAAGAAGUCUUUGUGGACGGGCCCUCCAACAGCAGAGCUCUGGCUCUCCUCAUGGGCUUGGUGGGGGUGCUGGCUGUCAGCAUCCUCAUACAGUUCUACUUCAUCAACAAGGCCUUGGAGAGUUUCAGCUCCAACAACUUUGAAGCCAGAUACUACGUGGCGUUCACUUCUUCCGUCAUUCUUGCCUCUGCUGUUCUUUUCAGGGAGUGGACGGCACUGACCUUACCGGACAUCUUUGCCAUGCUCAGUGGUCUGAUAACAGUGUUUGUUGGGGUUGUUCUGCUCCGUAUUUCUGAAGAGGCUACAAUCACUUGGAACAAGAAGAAAACAGAGUGAUUGAGAUGCCCUCAUAUGUACUUGAAUUUGUGCCAUACUGAACUGCACAGAGUCUAUACUUGAUUUGUCUUGUACAACAAAUGUGAAUGACCAAAGCCCCAGUGUAUUUUUAGCUACUUUCACUUAGAGGAGACGUAUGAUGCUCAUUUUCAGGUUCAUGAUUUUACUUUUGGUUACUACUAGAAAAGGAUUACAGGCAUUAACUCAAAAAAAAACAAACAAACAUCUCAUACUGUCCAAUCCAAUGCAUUCCCCCUUUGUCUUAAAUACACUGUUUUAGCUCCUGUCGCUUUAAGGCCCGACCUCUCAAAUAGCCGGUCUGUUCUGAUUGGUCAGCUCACACAUGCCUGAGCCAGCACCGCUCACCGUGUGUCCGGUUACCUGUGCCGUGUUGAGGCUUCCAGUUCGCUUCACCCUAAAUAAAGCCAUUUAUUAUGCAUAUGUGUGACAUGGUGACAUAGUGUGAUGUAACAAAGUCACAGAAUUAAAGGCUGACUUCUUCUGUGGGAACGAGGAGCUCCCACUGACACAGAGUUUCAGCAGUUUUAACUUUCAAGACUUUACAUGCACAGGAACCUUUAUAACACACUGAAGGAGAGGAAAAAAAUAGAAACGCAUAUUAGGCCUCCUUUAACAUAGAGACCUGUUAUGGAGACAGGGUACACAAUUAGUAGAAAUAUUAUUGAAGCUGUAAUGUGAAAUACAGGAAAAAAAACUUUGCAUUUUACUUGAAUAUCUUUGCAGUUGUUUGUUUUUUUUUGUGCAAUAUUAAUCAUUUAUUUCCUUAAUUGCAUAAAUACUCACAAAUGCAGCUCUUAUCAUCAUGAGGUUGUCACUCCUCCUCUCACAGCUGCUUUUAAACAGCACAUUCAAAUACAGACUGGGAAACGGUUAAUUUGUCAACAUCUCACUUUUACUCAUUUCAUAUAGUUACAAAGAAGCUUAUAAAUCACUGUAAAUCAUCCUGUUAGCUGUCCUAUCGAGCGGUGCCCUUUAAUAGGCCUUUUCAGUGUUCUCCCAGCGUUAGACCGUAUCAGUGUUGAAUCACCUACACUUUGACUUAUUUAGUAUGUCUCUGAAUUAUUCAGUAUUAUUUCAGGAGCAGUCUCAUUUGUGCUGGAGCUGUAUAAACGAUGAGUAUCAACAAUGACUGAAUCAUUUGUCUAAUAGAGAGAUUUUUUUUUUUAAAGCUAAUAUACCAAAUAAACUUCUGUUCUGUGGCUGGCCACUAAUGUUCUACAGGUUAUACAUGUGUAAUUCAAACAUCUUUGUAUUGUUAUUUCUUUUUUUAAAUUGUACAAAUGUUUACACACAUUUCUGAUACUGUGUGCAUCCGCUAUGAGCUGGCUUUUGCAAACAGUUGUAAUAAUAAUUGUUUUUACGAGCUCUGUGAGUCCUUUCGUCAUCUUGCUUGAUUUAUAAUGUAUUAAAGGUGCACUAUGUGGUUUUGGGGAAGGAAUUUUAAGCAUAAGACAAAGAUCCUCAAUGACUGAUUGUUAUGCCUAAACAAACUAUAGAAAAAAAAAAUCUGUCUUAGUUUUCAUGACAGAGGAAACAAACUGACCUUAAAGGUACUGUUUUACGUUGUUUACAU